AUGGAUAAAGUAUCUCUGGCAAGUCUCCCAGAUGACCUCGUUCUCGAUAUUGUCGAGCAUCUCGACACGGCUCGUGACGUAGCACACGUCUCAGCCUUAACAAAACACCUUCGCUCCCUCGUUAGACAAGAUGGGUGGCGAACUUUCGUCAAGACUAGAUUCCCUUCACUAGGAAUAGACACGAAUGAAAAUACCCAAUGGGGUACAAUUGCGGACCGGGCGACCUAUCUCGAUCGUUGCUGGGAAAAGCGCGGGUUUUGGGUUAACGUCCUUCAUGAGAAGAAACAGUCGCCAGAGAAGUUUCAGCGCAGGGUCGCUGGAAGCCAAUCGGUUUUGUUUCACACUGUCCUUGAUGCUCGGUUUUCGUCACCGCUUCAGAGUGAUGUUCUCGCGGCUGGCGUGGGUGAGAAUCUCAUGGUGAGAAUGAAGCCCAUAAACGGUCAGCCUGAUACUUGGCAUCAGAUCUCAGGCCAAGCUCACGGAUACAGAGCAGGCAUUGGAGACGUCACAGCCGUAUCGGUCAUACAAAACGAUCAGGUACCGGGCGUUGUCGUCGGGAGAGCCAACGGAGACAUCCAGAUACUAUCUGGCAAGGACAACUUUGCAUCAAUUUCGCGACAACUGAAUCCAGCAGAUGAGCCACUGUUGAAUGAUGUUUCUGAUAUGAGAAAGUCACCAGGCCAAGUGGCAGUCUCAUCCUUACAGUGGCAGCCCGAAGCGAAUCUUCUCGCAGGUGGUAAAGGCUCCAUCCUCACCCUCUACGACCUUUCGGCAUCGGACGACUCAGAAUUGACUCCCAUAGAGUCCUAUGACUUCUCAAAGACAAGUCCUGACGAUGAAGCGUCAUUCCUUCGAAGCACCAAAUUCAUGAGCAGAGAUGUCGUGGCUUGCGCUCUAGGUGCAAGCAGAAAUCCUCUUCGAUGGGGACAGCUGACACCAACGGGUAUACACUUUACCAAUGCUGCUAGCAACCCGAGGCCACUCAACGAUGCUGCCAAGUUGACUGAUAUCAAAAUUGGCGAGAAGACGACAGUCCGAGCGAUUGAGCCUGUCAGGGGAGGAAAUGAGAAUCUUCUCUUGAGCACAUGGGACGACGGUACAUAUAGACUGUCGGAUAUCAGAACUCCUUCAGCUCAAGACGCAGUUUACCGUGAUCGCUUCCAGCCAUACGAAGCAGGUAGUUCUCUCCUCGUCUAUGGAACAGAACGCUUCGUAGCCGGUAGCAACACAUCGCCGGAUAUCCGUCUCUUUGACUUUAGAUACCCCAAACCGUACCACCACACGAGCGCUCUACCAUGUACAACGCAAUGGCCUUUUCCCAGCCAAAAGGACGACCACAAGAUGUGGAGGCAAGGCUGGGCGCCAGACUGUCAACCCCAGGGUUGCGAUGCCCAGGCUGGACUGUUGUGUAACUGGCACGGUACAUCCAGGCGGAAUUACUGGCGCCCCGAUGCCACACUGCAUAUCGGCAGCCAAACCUACGACAGAAUCUAUUGUCUGGCCAAAUCAUCUGAUUUGUCGGAUACAGUGUACUGCGGUCUUCGCGGUGCGAUUCUCGAGAUGAACCUCCAUCUCACCGACGACGCGAAAUACGAUCCAGGCCAACGCACCGUUCCAGCAGGUUGGAGCAUGGGCAGACCUGGAGGCAAGAUUUCGCUCAUCGAAACGGGCGUGAGUCUCUGCCAAGCAAAGGAAUGGGCCCUCGAAAACCGCAGCGUUCCAGAACUCAUUGUUCAGCAACCUCGACCGCAGAAGCAGACAGAAUCGUCAGACCAGGUGAAGCGACACCGACUGGACUAUGCGUUUCAUAAAACACAAGACUUCGAACAAGUACAGGCAUAG